CACUCUUAAUUUGAUAAAUGAUUUUUUUUUUUUACAGUUUUUAAAUGAUCUCAUUUGCUUUUUUAAAGAUUUUUAAAUGGGAAAAAUGAAUAAAUAAAGAGAUAAUUGCAGUUUUUUGGUGGGGUAAAAAUAAAAUAAAAUAAUGUGAUUUUUUUUUUCUUUUUUCAAAAUGUGAAAAGGACUCUAAAUUUAAAAAUAUAUUAAAAUAAGUUAGAGAUUAUACUUCUUUCCUGCCAUUGACAACAAUAGACGUCCAAUUCAUUUAAACUGAGAAGAUGUAAGCUCCAUGCUCGUUCCAGUGAAAUUGAUUAAUUGAUUGAAAAAUCGCCGCCAGCCUCUCUCAGUCAAAAUGGAGUGGACGUCAAGAGCCGUCAAUGGCAGCCAAUGAGUUCAAACAGUGUCCUGUAAAGGGUUAAAUAUGACAUGUGACGUCACGCUGAAGGGGCGUAACUCAAGAGAGAGUUAGUAUUUGCAGUGCGCAUGUGCAGCCGCUGCGGUGGUCGACACACGCAAGCCGAGAGAGAGAGAGAUGGCGCGGCACCCGACCGGAGCGCAAGGACAGCUGGCCGGCGAUGGGGGGGCUUGAUCGACAAAAGAAGGAAAUAAUACCAAUAGUUUUAAAAAUAUAUUUAUCAAUGAAGAUAACUUGGAUUUAGAAUACACAAUCGAGGUAGUGUGUGAUUCGUCUUAUUAUUAUUGGACCUAUAAGAAGAGAAAAGAACAAAAGAAUUGAAGUUUGAGGACUUUCGGGGGUGGGGGGCGCCAGCUAAGCAGGUUACAUAGAUGGUUGGUCCACAGAGCCACCCGGACCAUGAAUGCCCAGCUGUCGAUGGAAAAUAUAGGCGACCUGCACGGCCAUGAGUCCGUGAGCGGUCACGGGGAGCUGCUGAGCGGCCACAGUCCGCACUCCCGUCCGAGCCCCCGGGGGCUAAGCCACCGCGCCAUGGGCAUGGCGACCCUCCUGGACGGCGGAGACUAUCACCACCACCACCCGGGACACCUCCACCCAGCCAUCAGCAUGUGCGAAGCCCCAGGCAUGAGCGCGAGCAGCACUUACACCACCUUGACACCCCUGCAGCCUUUGCCCCCCAUCUCCUCCGUGUCCGACAAGUUUCCGCCGCACCACCACCAUCAUCCUCACGCGCAUCCCCAUCACCCUCAUCCGCAUCCGCACCAGAGGAUCCCGGGUAACGUCAGCGGCAGCUUCACGCUCAUGCGGGAGGACCGCAGCCUGGCUCCCAUGAACUCUCUCUAUCCCGCCUACCACCACAAGGACCCCUGCAUGGGUCAGAGUCUCUCUCCGCUGUCGGGCUCCGGUCUGGCGAGCAUCCACACGACCCAAGCCGGCCUGCCGCCCUACGCCCACCCCGGCGCCGCCAUGCCAGGGGAGAAGAUGCUGACGCCCAGCGGCUUCGAGGCGCAUCACCCCGCCAUGCUGGGACGCCACCCUGAGCAGCAUAUGAGCUCCACGGCGGGGAUGAUGCAGCUGAACGGCCUGCAUCACCAUCCGCACGCCCACCUCGGAGCGCAAGGGCACGGGCAGGGGCUGGGAAACAGCCGGGAGCAGACCUCCGCUCUCGGGCAGCAAGGAGCCAUCAAUGGCGGUGGAGGCGGAGGAGGUGGAGGAGGCCAGAUGGAGGAGGUGAAUACCAAAGAGGUGGCGCAGAGGAUCACCACGGAGCUCAAGCGCUACAGCAUCCCCCAAGCCAUCUUCGCCCAGCGGGUCCUGUGCCGGUCUCAGGGGACCCUGUCAGACCUGCUGAGGAACCCCAAGCCCUGGUCCAAACUCAAGUCCGGCAGGGAGACCUUCCGCCGCAUGUGGAAGUGGCUGCAGGAGCCUGAGUUCCAGCGCAUGAGUGCGCUCAGGCUCGCAGGUGAGCGAAGCCUCGCGUGCAAGCGUAAGGAACAAGACCAUGGCCGCAGCGAGCGAGGCAACCCAGUGGCCAAGAAACCCCGCCUGGUGUUCACAGACGUACAACGGCGUACACUCCAUGCCAUCUUCAAGGAGAACAAGCGUCCAUCCAAAGAGCUGCAGCUGACCAUCGCGCAGCAGCUAGGCCUUGAACUGGCCACUGUCAGCAACUUCUUCAUGAAUGCGCGUCGCCGCAGCCUGGACAAGUGGGUGGACGACGGCUCUGGUCACCCACCUGGCGCCGGUCUCAGCGCCUGCACCAAAGCCUGAAGUAGGACCGGGGCGAUUUGACCCUUUCUCAUGGACUAGACUCGGUGGAAAAGCUUUAAAACUUAAUAGAACCUUACAAAAGACCUCACGUUUUUGCCCUUAAAUAUGUACUAUGUUCAUAUUUAUAGUAUCCAAAGAUGAGAAAAAAACAAACCAAAGACUUCUUCUUUCUUGUUUGACCUGCUUUGACAUGUUUGUGUUACACACUUCAAAAAGACUACUGUGCCCCCUUACCCUUGCCCAUACUCACAUAAUCUCAGUGGUCUCUAGCUUUACAAACCCCAACCCUUAUCCCACUAUCACUUUCUGACUCCGAUUAAUGGAGGUUCUAAUCAGUCUUAUCCGCGGAGCUCCAAUGGGAUUUGGCCAAUCAACGUUAAAGAAAUUUUAAUCCCACUGGAGCAACUGGAUUGUUGUUUGAUUUGUUUACUUUUCAUGGAUCCAUGGACAGUUACGGGGACAAAAAAAAACAAGCUCAUUGCGUAGACUGCUAGCCCCAACUUCCCACCCAGGACCGCAAUGUAGUGCUUUCCUUCCGCAGUGCUGAAACGACGUUUUUAAAUAGAAGAAACCAAAGCCUCACUCAUGCAGCCUACAACUAAAACAGUAGCAGUGCUUUUAACCAAAGAUGAUAUUUUGCAGUUGUUAAGCCAGCCACUGCUGUGACAUUCCCAAUAAUACACCAUACUAUAAUCUUGUUCAGGGUUGUGACAGUAGCACAUCCUAGUUUAUUUGGGGCAGUUGCACAAAAGGCAGCCAUGUUAACUACUAUAUUGUUGAAUCAAACAUCCAUUAUUUUCUUUCAUAUUUAUUGUUUAGGGUUACGUUAGGAAUACAUCCUACUAGUUGAUUUAGCAAUUGCACAAAAGUGAGCUACGUUUGUGAAUACAUAACUAUCCAUGUUUUAAUUGUUCAUCCAUUUUUUGUUCAUAUGUCAUGAAAAAAUCUGCCUAUAUAUUCGUUUACCGUGGGUCUACAUUACACUGAGAAUCACCUUUUUUUUUUUUUUUUUUUUUUUUUUUUGGUAUGACAGCUGUUUUAAAGUAAUUUGGAGUGCGAAAUCCAAAACUGAUCUCAGUUUUUCUCGAGCAUGUCGAGCUUUGGAACUAUAGGAUCCCCGUAUUCUUAGACAAGUACAAAUUGAACUACGACCGCCCAACUCCCUAAAUGUCACAUCAGCUCAGAGACAUGAUCAACACAGCCAAAGAGCACACACACACUCUCUACUAGCUUACUCGGAGCCUACAGGCAACAAUAAGUCUGCAAUGGGUUUAAUUAAUUAAUUAGCACUGAGACAGAAAAAAGAAAAAAUGUCUCUGAGGAUUGAUGCCGACACUUAUAUCCCUAGAAUAUACCAACCAAAUUUCAUUUGUCGUCCACGAAUAAAAGAUAAGUAGCCAUUUCCGUUAGUAUCCUUAGUGAGAAGAACAUUAAGAAAACAGGUGAGAUCUGGAGGUCUUCCUCUCGGCAGUCUAAAGAUAUGAAAAAUAUUUCACUUAGCAUGGCUGCUUGUUCUUUAAAAUCCUUCAAAUACAGAGAUACAAUGAAAUAUGAAAGAAAAAGCCAUUGACUGCACACUAUUUAAAAAAAAGUUGUCAACAAGUGAAAUUUAGAGUCAACCCAUUUUUACAUUUUUUUUCCCUAAAUAUUCAAGUUAACACUUGAAUAUCAAAGUCUAAAGUGUGAGGUAGUUUGAACUCAAAAUUUCAAGUAAACUGGACUUCUGUCACAACUAUGGCAGCGCAGAUAACCAAGCUAAACAUAGCUUUUGAAGGCACCGGAAGUUAAACUAAGGCUAAGUUCACACAAUUGUUUUUAAGUUUACUCAGAAUUUUCAGUAGACUUAAAAUGUGUUACUCAAGAGAACUUAAGAAUUUAAUUUAAUUUAGCAUGACUAAUAGUAGGUUUUAGUUAUUUUUAUACAGUACAAUGUUUAUAUAACAGUUUUGUUUUUACAAAGAAUAUGGCUAAUUGUGUGCAUUUCGUAAACAACGGAAUAAGGAGAUAAACUUCGGAGAAAAGCUUUACAAAAGUUUGAGUUUAGGAUCCUGCUUCCAAAAAUGACGUUAAAAAAACAGCUAUCAAACUUAAAACAACAGAUUUUUUUUUUUUUUCUGGCCAUCCAUGUUUGCAAUGUCGUCAUCCAUCUUUUUUCAUUUUAUUCAGAUCAGUGUCAUUUCAGAAACUGGAGUGGUGAUUACAUGUUAAGUCAACUGUGAACCUCUGUACUACCAAUUCCAUAACAUUCGUAAUCAUUCAUCCUUUUCUAAAUUAUUUUCUGAAUUUAUUCUGUUCAGGGUCAAGGUAAGGCUGGAGCAUAUCCCAGCUCACUUCUAGCCAAAGAAAAAUCGACACUAGCAGUGACUUAACGCUCAUAAUCAUAAACGGUAAUUUUGCAUGACACAAGCGUCAAACUUUUUGCCUUACAGAUGCCUUGUUAAUCAGUUGCAUCUUCUCAAAGAGCGGGGUGAAUGUUACUGUUAAUGCUCGUUGUGAAGGCCAAUCAGAAGGUGUUGUCACUGUGAGCCAAAUAUAGUGUUUUGCUUUAAUUUCUUGUAUUGAUUUGUGUGUCCAUCAAACACGUCAAGUGGAGAAGAUCAAUGGUCCAAUUCACCUUCCUUUCUCUUCCCCUUCCCCCAACAAUCCAAAGCCUGGAAAGCUAUGCAUUUCAGCACAAGGAGGAAAGCACUACAAAGGGGCAAGCGUCGCUGUUUUUUUUUUUUUUUUUUUUUUGAUAAAUUAGCCUGGCCCCUUGUCAUCCUCCUCCUCUUUUUCCUCAAGGCCACGGUUAGCAGCUCUACAUUCAUCAGAAGGAGCGAAAAAGAAAGGGACGCUUCUUCAACACCCAACAAAACAAUGUGUCACCGGCUGAUGUUUUCUAGUGUGAAACCAAAGAUGCUACCUCACUCAAGUUCCAUACGUGAUUUCUAUCACUUUGAUGAUACCAAAGAUAACCAAAGAUGUGUUGUUGUUGCUUUAUUUUUUUCAUUGCACGGCCUCUGUGAGUGAUGGUAAAAAUGAUGUUGUCAAGUUUCCCCUUUCCCUUCCCAUCUCCCCCUUCGACACGAAGCACUCCUGUUCUCAAUUUUAGCGCUAUAGAUGUAGUAACAUAUGCCAUCAGUCUCCCAAAACAUUUAUAUUAAUAUUUUGUGAUGGGGAGAGUGACACAACCUUUUGAAAUACAUGCCCUUUCCUUUAGAAAGCAAAGCUACAGAUUAUGAUGAUGGGGAUAUGAAGAUACAUGUUAUA